UAGAAUUGGUACCACAACCAAACUUAAAAUAAAAGGGAAAAGGUAAAGAAAUUUCGUUUAAUGCGGGAGCACCAACUGCUAUCACACCCAAUUUUGCCCAACAACACGAUAUGAAACUUUCCACUGUUCCCACAUUACAAAAGGCAAACACACAACACUAACAACAACCAUCAUUUAAACCUUUAGUGCACUUCCUUUUCCUUCAUCAACAAUCCAAAACCUCGAAAUCAUUAUGAAGAUGAAGAAGGCCAUAACCACCUUAUCUCCCUUCAAAUCCAAGCUUUUCAGUCCAUGCAAAAAAGUGGUAAAGUUUUCCAAGCUAAAGCUUAGAAAGCCAAUCUGUAUAAGAGGACUCAGAAUUUGCCAUCCAAGAAGAAGACGAAAAAAUCCCAGAAAAACUCCCACACUCAGAAAACGAGUAAGCAAGGCGAUCACUAACGCCUUCUUUCCAGUUUUCAACUGCUUCAAAACGUCUAAAACUCCAUUGCUCAGAAACCGUGUCAUUAAGGUCUUCCCCGGCGUUUUGCAUUGCUUUAAACGACGAUCAUCGGGGGAUAUGAACCGAGUGAUGGAAUUGAAGAGCUUUUCUGAUGCAGGGUACAUCGAGGCGCCAUUUCCAUCGCCAAUCACACCGGCUUAUGUGAAGUUGUGCGCAGCUAAUAAGAAGCGGGGGAUACCGCUUUCGGGGUGCCCUGAAGAAGAAGAUGUUCAGGAUGCUUGUAGAAGCUUUGAGAACUAUCUGGUGGAAAUGAUUGUUGAAGAAGGGAAAAUGAGGGAUCUUAUGGAUGUUGAAGAGAUGCUUCAUUGCUGGAAAAAUCUGAAGUCCCCUAUUUUUAUCGAUUUGGUGUGUAGAUUCUACGGAGAAUUGUGCAGAGAUUUGUUCUCCAACAACUGAUUAAGAAGGAAGAAUAUGCAACAGCGGCUCUUCAGGACAUACUUAGCAGCAUUCACCAAAAUUUGUUUGCCCUCUUUCAUUCUUUUAUACCUUAUUCUUUAUUCAUCACAUUCUCAAAGGAAUAAACCACUAUUUCAGUACAGAAUUGUUUUCUUCAGUUGCUCAGUUUAGCAGUACAAUAGUAUGUUCAUACAGGUUCAACUCUAAUUCUUCGAUUAAUCAAUGAAAGGAUGAUUUGAAACUUAACAGAAAUACUGAAUUGUGACAAACAAGUGCAAGUCACUAGUAGUAGUAGAAUCAAAACUCCCUCCGUCCCAAAAAGAUGGUCAUGUUUAUUAGACUAGACUUAUAAUUUCGGUUCACAUGCAAUGGAGAUCAUUGAUUUCCUUUUUCUUUUUUUUUUUCUCGAUUUUACAUGGCAUAGAAU